AUGGCGAUCAUAAUCACGCCGCCACCUUACCCGGUCAUCAAUUCGAACCCAGACUUCAAGGCAGUUGUUAGGAACUUUAAGCGCAAUGAGUAUGAGAGAAUGGGAUUUUUUACGUUGAUUUCUAUCCCCCUCGGAUAUUUUGCAGGCACUUCCAACCUUCCUCAAAUGAGGGUUCCAUCGGCAGUUUUGGCUACUGUCAUUGGAGCUACGGGAAGCUUCUGCUUGGCGUAUCAGGCGUCAACCCUUAGGCUGAUUGGUCUUAGGCCAAAUGACGAAGAUGUUAAUGCGGCCAAGAGGUCCUAA